UGCCACCGGGUCACUUCCCACUCAAGGUAAGGGGGCCCUAUGAAUUCAAGACCACCACAUGGUCAUCAUCCCCUCCCCGCCCUGUUGGGUCCUCCAGCCUCCUGGGACCCUGGUCUUUUCAGGGGACCGGCUCUGGGCUCCUCCUCGGCAUCUCCUUGUGAUGAGUUGGGCUUCUCCUGGGACUUUUUAAAAACCCCUUGUGCUGCGUCUUGGCAUCCCAUUCGCCAUGCAGACCGGCUGGGUUUGCAGGAGCCCCCCUCUAACCAAGCUACCUGCUUUCCGGAAAGAUCCACACCUUGCUUUCUUGGCCCUCAGACAACUUCUGAGACCGUGUUUUGUGUUGUUUUUCUAGUUAACAGAAGGGAACAUUUUAAAUCCUGAUUCCUACCCUGAAAAGUCAAGGACUGUUUUCGAGAAUGUCAGGCUGGGAUUUAGAAGUGGUUCACAGAUCUUGCUCUCUCUCUCUCUUUUUUUAAUCCAUGGCUACUGGUUAUAGUGGCUCUAUGGAACCUCCAUAUUUAGAGGCAGUCUACGUCUUUUAAAAGAGGGGCAAUCAUUCUGCUUUGCCAGGCAAAAAGACUUGUUUUUCUGAGUUCAGUUCGUUCUGCUUUCUGCCAAUGUGAAAGCAGGAGUCCCAGGUUGCUUGCUUUUUGUUCUCGCUGCGCUUUAGUAUCGUCACAUAAACUCACUACUGCUUAUUUUCACGCUCGUCUGUCAUCAAAGAAGAGGAAGGCGUCGAGGGGUGCCUGUGAGUCCCUGAAGUUCCAAAGGUCUGAGUUUCAUCGGCGUCAGCGACACUUUCCACCAGUCGGAAGAGAGCUAAAAGAGUGACAUUUCUGGGCCGUCUCUGAACCAUGGCUGGGCUGGCGGACGGGGUCGAGAUGCCUGCCCUGGGGCGCCCCUUCCGGCUGGGGAUGCUUUACAACUGCCACAAGGAUGCUCUCUUGCAAGAACAUACGCUGUUCGACCCCGAGGCCUGCCAAAAGAACGCAGAACAGCUAAACCACAACACAGAAGUAGCGAUGCGGGUUUCUUGCGAGACCUUGGAUGAGAAGGCGGCUGCUCUGGGCAUCAAGCCCUCCUUGCUGACCAGCCUCCUCUGUGGCUUGUUCGAAGCGAAAGGACCGGCAGAGUACCUCUUCAGCCCCCUGCGGUCCAGACGCCCAGACGGCCGCAUCACCUACAUGUCUUCGUCUCUAGAAAGGCUCGAGAAGCUGAAUCUGAACUCUUUAAGGCCUGAGGUCGUCUCUCAUCAAAACAUAGGGGAAUUUCAGGCCACCCACGUGGUCACUGGUGUGUGGUAUGGCACCCGGGCCGUUUGGGAUUAUGAGAACGAUGCUACACCUUCGGAUCAAAUGGAAGAGAAAGCAGCACCCGAAGAGAAGAAGAAGGUGGCGUUUCUCUCAGAAGGCCAAACAUCUCUCAAAACGGAUGACAAAGAAGACGAAAAACACAUUCUGAGCAACCCAGGUACCCUUCCAGAUCCCAUGAACGGACAUCCCAACCUUUCCAGGCUUCUGGGUAAGGCUGAAGAGAAGGGGGUCCCGAUCAAAAUCCACCUGUAUCCUCUGAACAACCUGCAACUCCCGGAGUCUCUGAUGCCCUGCUGUGCACAGUCCUUCCAGGAGCUAAGCGAUGCCCUGCAUUCUGGCAUUAAAGAGGCCAUGGCGGGCCUGGUGGAGCUGGAGGCAGAAGGCCAGGCUCUCUCGAGCGCGCCUGCCGGGAGGAGGUUCCCUGAGAUUGGGAAGAAAAUCCAGACGUUCCGAGAGCAGUGUCAUCAAUCCAGGCAGGGCUUCCGGGAGCAACUGGCCAAAAUGGUGCCUUCCGUCCGUACAGGAGAGAAAGAGGAAAAAGAUCUGGAGAAGGUCUUAGUGCAGGCCCAAGAGUCUGCCCUCCAGCUGCGUCGGUCUUUUGACAAAAGAAAGAAGGAGGUCGGCCUCUUGAACUCUGUCCUCUCGAGCUUGAAAGAGUCCAAGGCCGUUGGCCUAAAGGCCCCGCCAGAGACAAGCCGUUCUCCGGCGGCUGGCUUCGUGGUCGCGUUCAUGUUCACCUCGCUGCAUGAGGAAGAUCCGUAUUUCCCUGAGCAGAAACGCCAUCUCCCUUCCAGGAGACCCCCGUCUGAAUUCAAAGACAAGACUCAGGGCUCCGGGGAGUGGCAUGAAGAUGAGGCCAUCGUCCGAAGAGUCAGAGAGAUGGCCCGGUCCUUCUUGGCGUUUGCCAGGGCCAACCAGGCCAGUCGGGAGACGGAGUUCCUGGUCGACUCUGUCCCAGACAAAAGCCGUCCAGGGGCAGCCAUUUACCUGUACGAAGGAGGGGACCUGAAAGGAACCAGCUUUGAGCCUCCAUCCAAACCUCUCCCACUAAAGGUGGAGAAGGUCUCCCAUGACAGUGUCCAGCUGAGAGUCACGCCAGCCUCCUUUGGAAAAGAGGCCAUCUCCGGCUACCAGAUUGAACACAGGCUGGUGGGGGAAGACACGUGGCUACCUUCUAUCCUCCAAAAGAAGGAAGACACUUCCACCGUUCGUGGCUUAUGGCCAGACACAGAGUACGAAUUCCGCUACGCCGCCGUGAGCAAACCUGGCUGUAGUGAGAGCAGCGACGUCACGGACCCCGUCAAGACUCUUCCUGCAGCCUCGCUCAGGGCCUCCAAAAGCACCCCUGCGGGAUCCCCGGGGCUGCUUGUGGGGAGUCAAGGCUCUGGGGCAGAGGAGAGAAACGCUGCGGAGGGAGGAGAGAGGGAUCCAGCCCAGCCCAGGGCUGUGGGAGGAAAGGAGAAGAGUGGAGCCCCCCUGGCCUUCCCUUCUGCCCCUUUGACAGAACGAGGGACUGCCCACCACCCAGACCCCAAAGGCAUGCCAAAGGACGUUGCCUGCUCUCUCUGCCAAGCCAGCCGAAUCUUAAGGGAAGGGACGCCUUCCGUGUACGCCCUCCCGCUGGAGAAGGUAGCCUUUCCCGCGAAGGCCCCUUGGAGAAAGUACAGGUUUGGGAAACAGGAGGACCCCCAGGUUCCUCACAGAGUCGUCGUGCUGCUGGGGGAGACCGGAGCAGGGAAAAGUAUGAUGGUAGAUGGGAUGAUGAACUAUCUGCUGGGUGUGCAGUGGGAGGAUGAGUUCCGAUUCAGCUUGGUGCAAGAAGACCCCGGACAGAGCCAGGCCGAGAGCCGCACGGACACCUUGACCGCCUAUGAAGUCCACCUGAACCGGGGGUGGCCAUUCCCUUGCUCCCUGACCCUCAUUGACACGCCAGGAUUUGGGGACACGAGGGGCAGGCAGCGGGACCAGGUGCUCCUGGAGAAGAUUCGGGAGUUUUUCAACAGCCCAGGUGGCCUCCGUCACAUCGAUGCCGUUUGCAUCGUGGUCCAGGCCUCCCAACCACGCCUGACUCAACUCCAGAAGUACAUUUUUGACCAAGUGUUCUCAGUUUUUGGACGGGACAUCGGAGACAACAUCCAGAUCCUGGUCACCUUUGCCGAUGGGCAGACCCCCCCUGUGGUUGAGGCCCUGAAGGCAGGAGAGGUCACCUGUGGCACGGAUGCUGCCGGCACCCCGGCUUUCUUUCCCUUCAAUAACUCCGCUCUCUUCGCCAGCAACGUGCUCGACAGCAACGACGAAGACAGUUACCAUUUCAACCGCAUGUUUUGGGAGAUGGGGCUGAAGAGCAUGAAGACAUUUUUCCAGUCCCUCAGUAACUUACAGCCUCGGAGGUUAACCUCGUUAGCAGACAUUCUUGAUGAGCCAACCCUGCAGGGUGUGAGGCACAGAGUCCAGAUGGCACUGGUGACUCUGAGGCGGCUGAGAGAGACAUGCAGGGUUCUGGAAGAGCACUGGAGAGACAUGGAGGCCCACAAAGAUUUUGAGUAUGAGGUGGAAAGCGUGCUGCAUGUGAAAAGACUGACUUGUGACCCCAGGAACAGAGCAGUCAACUGCCAGAACUGUAGCUACACCUGUCAGUACGUCUGUGGAGUUCAGAAUAACCGUGGAAAUGUGGAACGUCUUGCGAUGAACACACCACACUGCAUGGUGUGUCCUGGCCAGUGCAUCUGGCAAAACCACUUCAGUGGAGACUUUGUGUGGGAUUAUCAAAUAGUCAAAGAAAAACGGAGCUUUGCAGGCCUGAAGAGGAGAUACCAGGGCACAUCUAGACAGAAAAUGACAGAAAAUGAUGUAUGUUCAAGUGUUUUGAUGGAAGCUGACCAAGCAGAAAAGGAGUUGGUCAGACUUAUUGAGAUGUUAACAAGUCACCUUCAGAAGCUGCCAAAAUCUGCCUUAAAAAGCAGCCCCAUUACCUUUUCCGAAUGCAUUGACCUGCUGAUCCGUUCAGAAGAGAAGGAACGCCAACUGGGUUUCAAGGAGCGUGCCUUAUUGCUGAGGAACCUUAAGGAAAGAGUUUUGCCAAACACCUUCACCCGAAAGCAGUAGCUCAGUCAAGGGGAAGGAAGGAGGAAGGCCUUGUGCAACUCACAGACCCCAGGCCCCAAUCCCCAAACCUACAGCCAAAGCAUGGUCCCUUUUUUUUCCUAGCAGGUGGUGGUGGGGAGAUUUUGCUGGGGUACUUUUUUCAGCUGUGGAAAGAUCUUGAUGCGUUACCAACUGGGCAAGACUCUGGCUGAAAUCCUCUUGCUUAGCGUGGCAAGUCACACACAGAAUCCAUGGAGAUUUGGAAGGGAGUCCACUUCUCAGUAAGCCCCAUUGACUCAAAUUGGGCUACUCUACUUGCAACAAGUAAGUUGCAGUGAUAGAAAAACAAAUAAGUAACCAUCUGAAUGCAUGGAAACUUACGGAGGAGUGGAUGCACCAGAUCUCCACUGAUUCAGUGGCCCUGCUCUAGAGGCCACUUCCAAUACGCCAGGCAGCAGGAUUUCAGCCACUGCAUCCCCCCACAACCCAAUCUUAAAAUUCUGUUUCAAGAUGCCCCUCGCCUAGCAGGAAACAAGCUUAAAUUUAGGUGCUUUUCCUUUUAAUUCUUCCUCUGCUUUCAGAAUUACAUCUGUCAUUAUAAAUUUGUUUGAUCCAGUACUGUAAAUCAGGCCUUAUUGUGCCACAGCUGACUAGAGGGAGCCGUUAUCUAUCAUACACCCACUUUGAAAGAACCAAUAUGUAUCGUAUAUGUAAUGGAAAUAACUUUUUAGUCAGACGAUUACAUUCAUUUCCUGUCCCCCUCUGUUCUUCAUUCAGUGUAUUUCCCAAUGUUUUCUUCUAUUUCUGCUCUCACGUCUUAGUAAAAACCACUCCCAGCUUU